AUCGCACCUAUCACGGCCGCGUUGCGCAGAGAGAGGCAGAGCCGAGCUCAGAGCAGAGUGGAGAGCGAGGUGUGGAGAUGGCGUCCAGCUCAUCGUGUCCUCCUCCGUCGCCGCGGCUCGCCCACCUCCUCCCCGUCCUCGUCGCCGCGGUCGUCCUGCUCGGCCGCGGCGGCGAGGCCAGGCAGCCGGCGCCGCUCCACGGCGUCGUGCGGUCCAUGGCCUUUGACGAGGGCUACACCCAGCUCUUCGGCAGUGGCAACCUCGCCCUCCGCCGCGAGGGCAAGCGCGUCCACCUCGCCCUCGACGAGUCCACCGGCUCCGGGUUCGCCUCCCAGGACCUGUUCCUCCACGGCUUCUUCAGCGCCGCCGUGAAGCUCCCUGCCGACUAUGCCGCCGGCGUCGUCGUUGCAUUCUACCUGUCGAACGCCGACGCGUACGAGAAGACCCACGACGAGCUGGACUUCGAGUUCCUGGGCAACGUGCGCGGGCGCGACUGGCGGGUGCAGACCAACGUGUACGGCAACGGCAGCACCGGCGCCGGCCGGGAGGAGCGCUACGACCUCCCCUUCGACCCCACGGACGACUUCCACCACUACUCCAUCCUCUGGACCCAACACCGCAUCAUAUUCUACGUGGAUGAGACCCCGAUCAGGGAGGUGGUGAGGACGGAGGCCAUGGGCGCGGCGUUCCCCUCCAAGCCCAUGUCCCUCUACGCCACCAUCUGGGACGGCUCCGCCUGGGCCACCCUCGGCGGCCGCUACAGGGCCAACUACAAGUACGCGCCGUUCGUCGCCCAGUUCGGCGACCUCGUCCUCGAGGGCUGCCCCGUCAACCCCAUCGACCACUCCGCGACGGCAGCGUGCGGCACGCCCUGGUACGAGCCUGUCGCCGCCGCCUUGUCCGCCGAGCAGCGCGCGGCGAUGUCGGCUUUCAGACGCGGCCAGAUGUCCUACUCCUACUGCCACGACCGCCGCCGGUACCCGGUCGCCCUGUCAGAGUGCGACACCGCCGCACUCCCGCGCUUGUUCGGCCCGGACGGUAUGAAGUGCGGCGGCGACCGCCGGCACCGCCGCGGAGGGCGCGGCCACCGCUCCGACGUCGUCAUGUGAUCCCGCGCGGCCGGCGCGCCAGCCCGUCGCCGCACGGCUCCGGCGUUCCGGCACCGAGGAUGACAGGGGAUGUACAUAGGCGGGCUAGGCGGCGUGCGUGCUUGCCAGGGUGACCGCGCUGUGCCGUGUGCGGUGGAAACCGGUCGGAAUUUAUUCCCCCAUUGUUGUCACGAAGGUUUCGCCCGCGGACUCACGCGCGCAUUGUACUCCCGCCCUGCCCCAUCCGCCAUUCGGGGGCGAGUAGCUAGCUUAGCGUUUAUUGUUGUCUCCUUGGACCAUCCGCACCUGCCAUUGAUGAUCAAUUCAACGACGUUAAAAUUCCG